CUGACAAUCAGACCUACAAGCACUACCAUUCACGCAACACCGCCACUAAUCCUGCAACAAAGAACGUAUCAUUCACAUCUUCCAAUAGACAAAAAAUAGACAGAGCAUUUGAUUUUCAGCCCUCAGUCAAUCUGAAGAUUGAUCCCUGCUAUUUGCUCCAGGGUCUUUUUCAGGUUUCCCUUUGUCAUUUAUCUCUAGUUGUGGCAUUUUUACAUAGUCCAUUUUAUUUUAUUUUUCAAGAAAGGGAUUUGCGUACAGGUAGGCAUGAAAGGUGAAGGUCUACCAAGAGGAAUGAAGUCCACAUGUUGGUGCGUUGUUCUCCUGUCACUCAUUUCUAUGGUUACAAGUGCCCAUUCGUCUGCUUCUGGAAGUUCAGACGUUCUGAAGUCAGAGAGCCCGAAGUCGAGAGCUAAGGACCUCUGGACAACAGACACCAGCAAGGACUUAUCCAUCAGUCGCCUGCUCUCCCAGACCUUUUAUGACAAGAACCUGUCUGGCCUGGAUCUGAACUAUGACAAGUUGGAACCAUACUCUAAACAGGAGCUCUGGGACUGGCUCCACAACGCCUCUAGCCUUCGUGACCCCCGCUCCCGAUCCAAGAGGAGACCCAUCGUCAAGACAGGAAAGUUCAAGAAGAUGUUCGGCUGGGGCGACUUCCACUCCAACAUCAAGACAGUGAAGCUCAACCUGCUGAUCACCGGGAAGAUCGUAGACCACGGCAAUGGCACGUUCAGCGUCUAUUUCCGCCACAACGCGACGGGCCAGGGCAACGUGUCGGUGGGUCUGGUGCCGCCCACCAAGGCCGUGGAGUUCCAGCUGCAGCAGUCGACGGUCCUCGAGCCCAAAGACACCAAGCUGUUCAACUGCAGGGUGGAGUACGAGAAGGUGGAGAAGGGCACCAGGAAGUCGCUGUGUUCCCACGACCCUUCGCAGAGCUGCCCUCAGGAGCAGACCCAGAGCCAUGUAUCCUGGCUGUGCUCCAAGCCCUUCAAAGUCAUCUGCAUCUACAUCUCCUUCUACAGCACCGACUACAAGCUGGUGCAGAAAGUGUGUCCGGAUUACAAUUACCACAGCGAUACUCCCUACCUCCCCACCGGGUGAUUGGCUGAGCAGCUAAGGGAAUGGAACAGAGACAGACAGGGCAUUCGCUCCUGAGAGGUGUCAGUUGAUUUGAGCUAGGCUGGCACGGCCCUCAAUAGAACAGAGGGGGAUGCUUUACUGUCGGAACAGAACUGUUAAAAGGUAUUAAUAAAGCUAAUGCGUCCCUGCUGCUUGUGAGAUCGCUACACUGAGCAGACCUUCCCUAUGGCCAUUGUACGAGCAUUUAGGACACAACAUUUCCUGGCUUGGCAUACUUUUUCCUCAUGUAUUUUGACCCUCUAUAGUAGCUAUACGAAAGUACUCAGCCGGAGCUCUCGCUGAAGGUUUGCCAUUAUGUAAAUAAUAACUCAUAAAGCCCACUUUAUUCUAUUAGAAAGUGUUUCGACCUUCUAAUGUAACUCUGUGUGUUGAUGGAAUAGCAUUUUUCAUUUUCUCUCAUUGUCCGUUUCUGUUUGUCGCUGGUGAUUACAAAGCGGGAAAUGAAAUAGGUAGAUGUCGACUUACUGUGAAGGAAAGUGUCAGAACGCAUUAAGACGUGCCAUCUAUUUCAUUACGUGUUUGUAUCUGUAUGACAGCCAGAAAUACAGAUCCUUUCAGAAUUGUUUCUUUUUCAGUCUCAGUGAAUUAUUGAAACAUCAACAUCACAUUUAAUAAGAGCAACUCUAAAAAAGAAAAUACAUAAAAUAAAAAAUUUCCUACAGAUAUACACUGAGUAUACCUAACAUUAGGAACACCUUCAUAAUAUUGAGUUGCACCCCCUUUUGCCUUCAGAUCGGCCUCAAUUAGUCAGGGCAUGGAGUCUAUAAGGUGUCAACGCGUUCCACAGAUAUGCUGGCCCAUGUUGACUCUAAUGCUUCCCACAAUUGUGUCAAGUUGGCUGGAUGUCCUUUUGGAGGGUGGACCAUGCUUGAUACAAAUGGGAAACUGUUGAGUGUGAGAAACCCAGCAGCACUGCAGUUCUUGACACAAACCGGUGCACUUGGCACCUACUACCAUACCCCGUUCAAAGGCACUUAAAUAGUUUGUCUUGCCCAUUCACCCUCUGAAUGGCACACAUACACAAUACAUGUCUCAAUUGUUUCAAGGCUUAAAAAUACUUCUUUAACCGGUCUCCUCCCCUUCAUCUACACUGAUUCAAUGAGGAGUCAUAGCUUUCACCUGGUCAGUCUAUAUCAUGGAAAGAGCAGGUGUUCUUAAUGUGUUUGUAUGCUCAGUGUACAUUGUUUUCGGUAGAUAAAGAAAAAAAAUGCUAGCAAUGGUUUUCAGCUCUGACAUGGAUGCCAUGUUGAUAGCAAUCUCUUGCCAUCAGUUAUAUCCUAUCCGACACAAGUUAAUGUGGAGUAAAUCAGCUCAAUGAAGGACUUUCAUUCAUUAUGGAUCUAAGUGUAUUUCAAUAUUUAAAAAAGAAGCAUUUAUGUUUGCCCCAUGAGAAAAAAACACAGUAAAGAGUCCCCACUGUUCGCUAUAAAACAUUAAAUCAAGGAAAUCAAAGGAAGUUACAGCAUAAAAUGUGCUGCUUGCCAGAGGACAUGUAUUAAACUGCAGGGGCAUCUCUCCACACAUUAUAACAACCACUUCUGACAUCAAUAACGCAAAUUCUGGAUGAUGAUGAUGUAAUAACACUAUACGAUAAUGAUGCUGGAUAUUCGAUUUGGCCAUUAAGCUUUCAUUACGCAAAUGUGAUGCUUGUAGCUGAUUGUGAAACAUCUCUGAGAACCAUCACGGUGAUUGUCAUCCCUGUGUGAGAGAAUAAUGUCUGGGAAUUACACUGACACACAACGGGAGUAGAAGUCCUUCAUGAGGUUGAUGGGCACCUUGAGGUGGAGUUCUUUAUGCAGUUUGCAUUGCACAUCUAACUAGUCAACUACUACAGGGUCUUUAGUACUGUACACGUGCACACAGGCUCGUUUGUUGUUGACACAACUGAAAAAAAUGGAAUGGAAGAUUUGACAAAGUACUUCAUAAGAAAUAGGGGUUUGUUUCCUAUGAAGAGAGGGGCCCAUGUGAUAAGGGAGUGUGAACAGGGAUUUAUGAUGUGGAUGAACAAAGCUGACAGAAAUAAGCAUUAACAUUUGACUCGUAAAUUGAGAGCAGUUAUCUGUCAUCAUGGCUACUGGAUGACAAAUGUCUCAGAUUAUUUAAUUGAGUGGGUCUUCCAUUUUUAUAAAGUGUCGUUUUCUGUAUAAGAUCAGUUAAAUAUAUUGCCAAAUUGGACACUCUUGUCUUCAUUUUGUGGAAUACACUAUACUGUACUUGAGUUAUGGCUAAUUAUUAUUUAUUUGAAAUAUAUGAAUGAAUUCAAUUGCACUCUUUUAGAUGGGCCAUGUCCAAUAGUUGCCAUGUCCAAUAGUUGCCAUGUCCGAGUCUAAGCUCUAUCUAGUACCAUUUCUAGGAAUGAAACCCUCUAUCUGUAAUAUACUACUGCAUGAUUACCGCAAGGCUUUUGAUGAGUGAAUUAUCCUCCACCUCAGAUCCAGUCUGUUGGUGCAGUUGUCCUGGGCCAUAGCCGCACACCAAGCCUCUGGUCCCCUCCUGCUCUCAAAUAACUACCUGAAUAAUGUGGUCUGGGGAACUGUCACCAAUGGCAGAUAGAACCAGGGGAUUUCUCCUUCAGACUCCCAAUGACACCCAGCAGCUGCAGGAGUAAACAGAUGACUAACCACUGGCCUUUUGGCAGCCAUUUGAAACUGGGAGGAGGAGGAGACCUGUAAACGUUGCCCUGACAUUUAGGUGGAUUAAAAAGUUAUUGGGAUCCGGCUCUCCUGGUGUCAGAGGUAGUUGGCUCCGUAAUUAAUUGUGUCUUGGUCUUUUUUCAAGAAGCUCAGCUAAAAGCCUGCUAAGUAUCAUGCUUGUUGAAGUCCUUCACUUACUGUAUGUAAGGCUAGGUACACUUGGUUAGCCUAGCUCUUUAUCUGAUAUGACAUCUACAUUAGUGACCAAAUAGCAUAUCACUCAUAAACAGAUCAUCAGGUGGGACGUCAAAUGACUUAUCUGAGUUUGUGCAAUUGGCAUCUAAUUCCAGAGUAAUUCAUUAAUGUCAUUUUGUAUCUUGUUAUGUUAUUGCAGAAUUCAUGUUAUGUUUUGCUUUGAAUCUGUGGUGUUAAUUUCUGUGUGAAAUGCUGACAUAUUAAAGCACUAUC